AUGACCAUCUGGUUUGUACUCCGGACUGUGGCGCUGAUAGGCGAUGUGUCGAGUAACCUUCACACCGUGAUCUUAGCGUUCACCGGAUGUGCAAUUUCAGUGGGGUUUCUGUGCUUCAUCUUCGGUCCUAAGUUCUACAUAGCCUUCAGUGGGAAGGGUGAUAGCAUGGGAGGCACCUCCGAUCACCCAGAAGUGGCCCUGCAGGAGAAGGAGCGCAUCCAAAAAGAAGGCCAAGUCAGGGCUGAAAUACCUACGGCCAACAAGAAGCCCAACUCUCCGCAGACGAGUGCUACAGACGCUCCUGCUCACGAGAGCACUCUUGCAAUUCAUCUACCCGUGCCCAUAUCUAUGACUGGGCCGGGAGAUGCAGGCCCCAUCAUCCUACCACCUUUAUUGGAUGUAGUUAAGUAG